AUGUCAAAACGACCUUGUUCCACGAGCACAGACUUGUCACCAGCUGCAAAGCGUCAAUCGACAGCCCAUUCGUUCCCAGUAUUCCCAUCGCAUCGUUAUAGCGGCAAAUGUCCAGAAUACAAGCAGCCUGUCGAGAUACAAUCAUACAGCAUCGAUGCCAAUCGUCGGGUGUGGUUCGAUCAACGAGAACUAAAAUACUAUAUCGAGCCAAAGCUAUCUUCACCAGGACCUUGUCUUAGCCGUGGAUAUGAUCGUUUCAUCAAGCGUGAUGAGUCCGUGCCUGAACAUUUGGAUACUUUGCUGGAUACAUUGACGACGGCACGUUUGAAUGGAUCACCCGAUGUGGAUCAUGUUGAUAUUGUCACAUGGCGUGGGAUCAUGACCAAGAUCUUUUGUACUCCUUUCACUCGCAACGAACCCUGGGAGCUACGUGCAACGCGAUACAAGAAUACCAUCUUUAUGGAAGAGCAAGCAACCGAGCAAAAGCUACGACAAGAACAGACCAUGUCAGAACGUCAAAGGUUGAUGUCCUAUUGGGGAUACAGCUUUGAAUCCAUGUGCACGGCAACCGAACCAAAGGGGGUACCGGAUCCAGAUGAUGUGCCUAAUACCAAUGUCCAAUAUUGUGUGGCGGUGAAAACGAGGCUUGGCAGAAACACAAUUGCAAUGGGAGCUGAAGUGGAUUGCAUUGAAGGCGAGAAACCAAAGGAUGGCAAUCUUUUACGGCAAUACGUCGAGCUCAAGACGUCAAGGAGGAUGGAUACCCAGAGACAAAAGGAAAACUUUGAACGUUUUAAGCUUCUCAAGUUUUGGGCGCAGUCAUUUUUGAUUGGUGUUCCCAAGGUGAUUUGCGGGUUUCGAGACGACGAUGGUGUAUUGAGUCAUUUGGAGACUUUCAAAACAUUGGAAAUCCCACGCAAAGUGAGACAUGGCACAGGUGCAUGGGAUGCUUCAGCGUGCAUGAAUUUUGCAAAUGAAUUUCUGGAUUGGCUCAAAAAGGUUGUGACAGAAGAUGAUCCUACAGUUACAUAUUCGAUCACGUGGAAUGCACCAUGGAGAGAGAUUCGAGUAUCGCGUGCUGGACAUGUCAAUGUGUUUCUUACACAGAGGUAUCUUGAUGGCGAGACAAGUCAUGAUAUUGGUGGCCCUAGAGCACAACAAGGAUCAAGCAGCAAUUAG